AUGACUCAAGAUUUAUUCGAUAAUGCAAGUGGGAUUCCUCCCCCUUCUGAUGAUUCUUAUGCAGAGCAAAGAUUCACAAAUGAAUCCACGGACGCGAUUUCCCAAGAUCCGUUUAAUUCAUUCAGAAGCAAAAUGGCCAUCCUUAAUAAAGCAGUUACAGCUAGACUAGAAGAAGGUGGGUUUUCACAAGAUGAUGUGUCUGACAUUCGACAGAUGCUUCAAGAGCUCACAGAAGGACAAACUAGCCUUCAAGAAGAGAUGAUCCAAGCACAGAAUAGCCUACGAGAAGAACAAGAUCGCCUCAAGGGAAGACUAGAAGGACAAUAUGAAGUGGUUGAAACCAAUUAUCGAGCCAGUAUGGAUGAUAUUGUUAAAAGUAUUGACCAAAGUGAUUCCAAGAUAAACAAGACAAAAAGCUCAGUACAGAGAACUGAAAACUUUUUAAACAGAUAUUUCGCUAGUGAUACAAAACCAAUUCCAUUUAUCGAUGGACGAGAUCCUCCUUCUUGGCUCCCUAAACUAAUCGCUAUUUCCGACAUUGAUAAUUUGAAUCCAAACCAAUUGAAAACGUAUCUGGAGGGAUAUGGUGGUACCUAUGAUGAGAAGGAGUCUCAAACAUCUCUUAAAAGAAAUCUUGCUGAUUAUGUUGGCUUUAUAACGCCCCAUGAUAACCGUUACGAGUUUUCAGAAAGCAAUGAACCCUUUCCAAAAUAUAUGACAUGA